ACUAAAGCAAACUUGGUAACACCACGAAAUGGAGAACCUCUUAUUGCUGCUAUUCAGGAUUUCCUCACAGGUGCCUAUCUUCUUACAUUAAAAGAUACAUUUUUUGAUCGAGCCAAAGCCUGUCAAAUUAUUGCUUCUAUAUUGGUUGGCAAGGAUGAAAAGAUUAAAGUUCGUCUUCCACCUCCAGCAAUUCUGAAGCCUGUAACACUCUGGACAGGAAAACAGGUUUUCAGCCUCAUUCUCAAACCCAGUGAUGACUGUCCUGUAAAAGCUAAUCUACGAACCAAGGGCAAACAGUAUUGUGGCAAAGGAGAAGACCUGUGUUACAAUGAUUCUUAUGUCACAAUUCAAAACAGUGAGUUAAUGAGUGGCAGUAUGGACAAAGGAACCUUAGGUUCAGGAUCCAAGAACAACAUCUUCUACAUCUUGCUGAGAGACUGGGGACAGGUAGAAGCUGCGGAUGCCAUGUCGCGACUAGCCAGACUUGCUCCCGUCUAUCUUUCUAAUCGUGGCUUUUCAAUUGGAAUUGGUGAUGUAACCCCUGGGCAGGGCCUGCUAAAAGCUAAGUACGAGCUUCUGAACGCUGGCUAUAAGAAAUGUGAUGAGUAUAUUGAAGCUCUGAACACUGGCAAGCUACAGCAGCAGCCUGGUUGUACUGCAGAAGAGACAUUAGAGGCCUUAAUCCUUAAAGAACUCUCAGUUAUUAGAGAUCACGCUGGCAGUGCUUGUCUCAGAGAACUGGACAAGAGCAACAGUCCCCUUAUCAUGGCUCUCUGUGGUUCUAAAGGCUCCUUCAUUAACAUAUCUCAGAUGAUUGCUUGUGUAGGUCAGCAGGCUAUCAGUGGGUCCCGAGUUCCUGAUGGAUUUGAGAACAGGUCCUUGCCUCACUUUGAGAAGCAUUCUAAGCUGCCAGCAGCAAAAGGCUUUGUUGCUAAUAGCUUCUAUUCUGGGUUGACGCCCACUGAAUUUUUUUUUCAUACAAUGGCUGGUCGAGAAGGUCUGGUUGACACAGCUGUAAAAACAGCCGAAACUGGAUAUAUGCAGAGGCGGCUGGUAAAAUCACUUGAAGAUCUUUGCUCACAGUAUGAUUUGACAGUCAGAAGUUCUACUGGUGACAUUAUACAGUUUAUUUAUGGAGGAGAUGGCUUGGAUCCUGCAGCCAUGGAAGGGAAGGAUGAACCGCUGGAAUUCAAGCGAGUUCUAGACAAUAUCAGAGCUGUGUAUCCAUGCCGAAGUGAACCAGCUCUUAGUAAAAAUGAAUUGGUCUUAACGUCGGAGUCUAUCAUGAAGAAGAAUGAAUUUAUUUGCUGCCAAGACAGUUUUCUGCAGGAAAUUAAAAAAUUCAUCAGAGGUGUUUCUGAGAAGAUAAAAAAAACUAGGGACAAGUAUGGCAUUAAUGACAAUGGCACAACAGAGCCACGAGUUUUGUAUCAGUUGGAUAGGAUUACUCCAACACAACUAGAGAAGUUUCUAGAGACUUGUAGGGACAAAUACAUGAGGGCACAGAUGGAACCUGGUUCUGCAGUAGGAGCUCUUUGUGCACAGAGUAUUGGUGAGCCUGGCACACAGAUGACUCUGAAGACUUUCCAUUUUGCUGGUGUUGCUUCAAUGAACAUUACUUUGGGUGUACCAAGAAUCAAAGAAAUCAUUAAUGCUUCAAAGGCUAUUAGCACCCCUAUUAUAACAGCACAGUUGGACAAAGAUGAUGAUCCUGAUUUUGCCCGUCUGGUUAAAGGAAGAAUUGAGAAAACUUUAUUAGGAGAGAUUUCAGAAUAUAUUGAGGAAGUGUUUCUUCCAGAUGACUGUUUCAUCCUAGUGAAGCUGUCUUUAGAGCGCAUUAGACUACUGAGAUUAGAGGUAAAUGCAGAGACGGUGCGCUACUCUAUUUGCAUAUCUAAACUCAGAGUAAAGCCUGGGGAUGUUGCUGUCCAUGGAGAAGCAGUUGUAUGUGUGACCCCUCGUGAAAACAGCAAGAGUUCAAUGUAUUAUGUAUUGCAGUCCCUGAAGGAGGAACUACCAAAAGUUGUAGUGCAAGGUAUACCAGAGGUUUCACGAGCUGUCAUUCAUAUUGAUGAUCAAAGUGGAAAGGAAAAAUAUAAACUUCUUGUUGAAGGUGAUAACCUGCGAGCUGUUAUGGCUACUCAUGGAGUGAAAGGAACAAAGACAUCCUCUAACAACACUUACGAGGUAGAGAAGACACUAGGAAUUGAAGCUGCUCGGACGACCAUUAUCAAUGAGAUUCAGUAUACAAUGGUGAACCAUGGUAUGAGCAUUGAUAGAAGACAUGUUAUGUUGCUGUCUGAUCUAAUGACUUACAAGGGUGAAGUGCUGGGCAUUACUAGAUUUGGACUGGCAAAAAUGAAGGAAAGUGUGUUGAUGCUGGCUUCUUUUGAAAAGACUGCAGACCAUCUCUUUGAUGCUGCCUACUUUGGACAGAAGGAUUCUGUUUGUGGUGUGUCUGAGUGCAUCAUCAUGGGAAUUCCAAUGAAUAUUGGCACGGGACUUUUUAAACUGUUGCACAAAGCAGACAAAGAAUCAACCCCUCCCAGAAGACCUCUCAUAUUUGAUAAUAAUGAAUUUCAUAUUCCCAUUGUUACAUAGCACUUGGAUGUAAUAGAAG